AAAGAGCCAAACUCCGUAACUAAUACCAACUGUGCCAAGUGGCAAGUCUGCGCUGCUGAGCACGCUUACGGAAUUCACCAGUCGCGCCAAGGCGCCAAGGGCUAGUCCACCUGCCGCGACACUGGCAAACGACCCUACUGUGUAGAAGUUAGAAAGAACCCUGGGGGCGGCACGCGUGACACGACUUGCAUCCAUUACAUCCAUCCCAUCUACGGAUACGGAUAUUCAUGGUCGACGACGGCGACUUUCCAACUCCCACACUUUGACCAAUUGAACAAGCAAUCUACACCGCACCCCCUCCACCGUCGGGCCCGACCAUGCGGAAUUCUUUGUUCCAGCUCCCCGACGAGCUGGUCUUGACGUCGCUUGCCCAGGCCUUUCCUUGCCGAUCCUUUCAACUUCGAUCCCUGGCGACUCUCUUGCACCCGGAUGCCGCACCAUGCCAGAACGUCGUCCUCUAUGGGACUGAGGCCACAGGAAAGAGCGCCAUAACCGUCGCCCUGCUUGCGCGGCUCGAGGCCAGCGAAGACGACGGGUCGCCAGACGGUGACCUGCGCCUCCGCUUCGCCAUUGUCAACUCGGUCGAGUGCAUCACGAGCCGCCACCUCUUCGAGAGCGUCGUCGGCAAGGUCGCCAAGGCCCUGCGCUGGCAUGGCCCGUCAUCCUCCCGCUGCGAGAACGUGUCGCAGCUGACCGUCGAGCUGUCCAAGAUGCUCAAGUACGCUCCGCGGCCCGACGGCUUCCGCUUCGUCCUCGUCUUUGACGGCAUCGACCGCCAGAGGGAAGCAACCCCAACUCUGCUGCCCGCUCUCGCGAGGUUGGCCGAGAUUAUCCCCUGCAUAACGAGCGUCUUCAUCGUGACAUCUCCGCCAGCCAGCUUCCUGCACACGGCGUUCGCGCCGCACGUACACUUUCCCAACUACACCAAGACCGAGUUCGUGGCUAUCGUCGCGGCUGGCGGACCACCGCUGGAGGCGCCCGCGCUGCCGAACACCACGCCCGAGGAGGGGGCGGACCUGUGGGCGCGUUUCGCGGCGGCCGUGCACGACGCGCUGGCGCGCGCCGCCACGCGCACGCUGCCGGCCUUCCGCCACGCCUGCGACGCCCUGUGGCCGCGCUUUACGACCCCCGUCGUCGCCGGCACCCGCGGCGCCCGCGAGUUCUCCAAGCUGCUGAUCGCCGCCCGCGCCCACUUCCAGGACGAGUGUUUGCUGGACCCGGGCAUCAUCGUGGCCGCGCGGCCGCCAAGCGCUGCUCCUGCUCCUUCAACUCCUAUCCCCAGCGGCAGCAACUCCAUAACUCCCCAGACCAGCAGCAAGCCCCACACGUCGGACCUGGCGGCGCUGCUCCCGACGACGGCGCGCCUCCUACUGCUGGCCGCGUACCUGGCGUCGCACAACGCGACGCGGCACGACCUGGUGCUGUUCUCGACGCACCACCACGGACGGCGGCGGCGGCGCGGCGGGCUGUCGGUAAGUGUAGGGCGUGGGGCCGGGCCGGGCCGGAGCAAGCACCGCAAGAUUGCGCGCAAGCUGCUCGGCGCGCACGCGUUUGUGCUGGAGCGCAUGCUGGCAAUCUUCGCGGCCGUGCGCGGCGAGUGGGACGGCCGGUAUGCUUCCAGGGAAUGGGGAGGGCUGGUUGAUGGCAUGGAUGCUGAUAUCGGCAUGGCCAUGGCCACGCUGGCGAGCCUGCGGUUGCUGGUGCGCGUCGGCGGCUUGGCCAGCGCCAGCGGCGGCGACGCCAUGGACCGCGGCGGCAAGUGGCGCGUCAACGUCGGCUGGGAGAUGAUCCGCGCGCUGGGCCGCAGCAUGGGCGUCGAGGUCGAGGAGUGGCUGAUUGAGUGAAUGACUCACUCACUCACUCGCUCGCUGGUCAGCUAACUGGCUGGUUUUACACUACAUUAAUAAUAAACAACCAAGAAUAGAGACUGUGAUCAACUG